CUCAAGUCGAGAUUGUAUGUCCUGAUGCUGCAUAGCAAGCUUCCGCAUGCCGUAUCUUGCGGACGUAUACUCCAAAAUGCAUCCUUGAAACCCUUACGCCGGUCGUGGGCAUUCCGACCAUCAGUGUCAACAUAUAAUGCAAGAAGCUUUUCCUCAAUCCACUUCCCUUCGGCAACUUGCAAGCUGGAGAAUGUAGUCACCAGAGAAGUUGGAGAAGACAUUGUGCUCCACGGCUAUCUAGGUACACAACGGCAAGCUGGCAAGAACUUGCUCUUCGCCGAACUUCGGAGUACAUCUCUAUCACAUUCUAUUCAAUUGGUCGCCUCGAACAAGACCAACACUGAAAGAGAAUCUACUUUCGAGAGACUCAGUACGCUGAACCUCGAGACGCCAGUAGCCAUCGAGGGAAAGAUCAAGAGUCGUAAGGCCAAGCCAUCUUCAUACAAAGCAGAUGAAGGGGCUAUGCAGCAGAUAACAGACGUCGAGAUCGAACUGACCAGAGUAUUUCCACUCAAUCACUUUCCCAAGGAUAUCAUGGUCACCCAGGACUCGGUGUUCUCUGCAGAGCAAAGACAUUUGCAACUACGUAUGGAAAAGCCGCUCCGAGAUGCGCUAGCGUUCAGAAGUAAAGCAGCCAGCAUUUUACGCACAGAACUCUGCGAAGGCAAGGACUUUGUCGAGAUUGAGACACCUUUAUUGUUCAAAUCCACUCCCGAAGGUGCUCGCGAGUUCUUGGUCCCUACUCGUACGCCCGGCCUGGCAUACGCUCUACCUCAAAGCCCCCAGCAGUACAAGCAGAUUCUGAUGGCAAGCGGUAUCCCUCGUUACGUGCAGUUCGCCAAGUGCUUCCGAGACGAAGAUCUUCGUGCUGAUAGACAACCGGAGUUUACACAAGUGGAUCUGGAAAUGUCUUUCGCAACUGGAGAGGAUGUGAUGAACACAGUGGAGUCUGUUGUCAAGACGCUCUGGCAGAAACUCCUCGGUAUCUCUCACGAUGACCCGUUCCCACGACUUUCGUACGAGGAUGCGAUGUCAAGUUAUGGCUCCGACAAGCCUGACGUGCGUCUUGGAUCCAAGAUUUCACGCGUCGAGUAUAUGCUACCAGUGGACUUAAUCCGCAAGAUUGGUCCACUGCUCGACCUAAUUGUUGAGGUGCUCAAGAUACCCAUCUCGGACAACGCAAAGGAAACCCGUGAGUUUGUGACUCGUUUCAUGGACUCGCCAGAAGCCAAGCCAUUCAAUGAGAACCCAGAAGGUCAGCCUGGCAUCUUCAUCUACGAUCCUCGCAAACCACUAUCCGGUCUAUCCGUCUUCGGUUUUGAAGCUGCAGAAACGAUAGAGGAAACACUGGAUCUUGAAGAAGGUGAUUUGAUCGUCCUUCAAGCUCGUAAGAAUGCACCUCAUGCAGGUGGUUCAACGCCACUGGGAAAUUUGCGUCUGGCUUUGCACAGAUUUGCCGUGCAACACAACUAUAUGCCUGCUCCACAAGGAUUCGAGUUCCUCUGGAUCACCGACUUUCCCCUAUUCUCGCCCUCUGUAGCAAACGAGCCUGGUCAAGGUGGUGCUGCAGGUUUGAGCUCUACGCAUCAUCCUUUCACAGCUCCGAAAACAGCUGAAGACGUGGAUUUACUGCUUACCGACCCAGCAGCUGUCAAGGCGGAGCACUAUGACUUGGUAGUAAAUGGAGUCGAGCUUGGAGGUGGUAGUCGCAGAAUCCACUCGGCGGCUAUGCAGCAAUUUGUGCUGCGUGAAGUUCUGAAGAUGAGUGAAGAACGACUCAAGGACUUCGACCAUCUCAUUGAGGUGUUGAGAGCAGGUUGUCCGCCACAUGCAGGCAUGGCAUUGGGUUUCGAUAGACUCAUCGCUGUCAUGCUUGGUAAAGAAAGCGUCCGAGAUGUGAUCGCUUUCCCCAAGAGUGGAAGGGGUGAGGAUUUACUCGUCAAGAGUCCGACACGCAUGACCGAAGACCAACUCAAAACAUAUCAUUUGAAGCUUCGAGAAUGA